AUGUCUUCAUACCAGUCUAUUCUGCUGCAAAACGCUACUCUACUUGUUCCAAAGGGCCCUGGGGAUGAUCAUAUCCUUCCACUCAAGAACCAUUCUUUGUUGAUUGAGGGCAAUAAAAUUGCUCGCAUCGCGGCCCACAUUGAUCCUCCAUCUGAGUCAACUGAGGUUAUCGAUUGCACGGCAAAGAUUAUCUCACCGGGAUUUGUCGAUACUCACCAUCAUGUUUGGCAGACUCAACUCAAGGGGAGACAUGCCGAUCAUUCGCUGCUGGAGUACAUGGUACCAGGAAACAUGGCCUCGCACAGUUACAAACCCCAAGACGUGUUCUGGGGUCAGCUUGGUGGAUGUCUUGAAGCCCUCGAGGCAGGGACGACUACAAUCGCAGAUCACGCCCAUAUCUCAUACUCUCCAGAGCACAACAAUGCGGCUCUUUCAGCAACCAUCUCAUCUGGUAUCAGGUCUAUCUACUGCUACUGUCCUACUGGCAGGGUCAAGACCUGGAAGCCUUUUGAAAUGGAAGAAGACAUCCUUCCAGCUUGGCUUUUCGAGCAGUUGACCUCACUGUGCAAAGCUGGUCCGUUCGCCAACGGUAGGGUGACGAUGGGCUUCGCGUUUGACUCCUUCUUCCUUCCAAAGGAGGUAAUUGUUAACAUUUUCAACCAAGUUCGUAGCUUGGGUAUCAAGACUAUCACAUCUCACUACGUCCCAAGUCUUCUUCCGGGUUCGACGGUAGACUUACUUGAGAGUUAUGGGCUUCUCGAGAAGGACAUUCUUCUUUCUCAUGCGACUCCCCUAAACGACUCGGAUGCACAAAAGCUUCAGAAGGUUGGAGCAGCAAUUUCUUCAACCCCAGACACUGAGCUUCAGAUGGGUCAUGGCUGGCCUGUGUGCUUCCAAGAAAAUGCAAAGGGGAUUAGUUCCCUUGGCAUUGACUGUCACAGUAACAAUACAGGCAGCAUUGUUGCUCAGAUGAAGGUUGGUCUUCAAGCUGAACGUGCUCGCCGUAACGGCCAGAUCCUUGAGGCGGGCAAGGUACCUGCCAGAGCCCAAGUUUCUGCUCAAGACGCAUUCCAACUGGGCACGAUUGGCGGCGCAAGGGCGAUCAAGAUGAGCGAUCGGAUUGGAUCUUUGGAGGAGGGCAAAAUUGCUGAUCUUGUAAUCUGGGACACGUUGAGCCCUGCGAUGAUCUGUGCUGCUGAGGAAGAUCCCAUUGGUGCUAUCAUUCUGCACUCGGCUCCUUCUGAUAUCGAUGCUGUCAUUGUGGAUGGUCAAUUCAGGAAGCGUGAUGGCCGAUUAGGACCGACCAAGUUGAAUGCUACGCUUAUACCAGAUAUCAAGCACGAGAAGGCAGAGGUAGAAUGGUGCGACGUCGCAACUGAGCUUUUGAAGAGCCGUCAGAGAAUCUUGGAGACAGAGAAAGCUGAUGAAGCUGAUGAUCGAGAGGCAGGCUUUGAGAACACAGUGAGACUAUUCGGGACCAACAAAGACAAGUUGGUUUAUUAA